AUGCUGGAGCGCCCUAUCGCGGAUGAUGUGGACAUCUCAAUUCAUCAACCCAGAGAUCCCAAUACAUUGAGCAACUACAACGUCUGGAGAACCACGCACGUAACUGCUGACCUGGAGCUGGAGUUCGCCAAGAACAGAUGUGUUGGUACCAUCAAGUUGGAGCUGGAAAGACUCACCAAGGGUCAAGGAAGUGGAAAGGUUGUUCUUGAUACCAGCUUCCUCGACAUCCAGGAGGUCAAGCUUGCUGGACAGAAAGCCAAGUGGAAUCUUGGAGAGAGGUUCGAGCCUUAUGGAAGUCCUCUCACCAUCGAGAUUCCUGAUGACCACUCUGGAGACGCCGAGAUUGAGGUCACCAUGGCCACCACCGACAAGUGCACUGCCGUGCAAUGGAUGACACCCGAGCAAACUUCAAACAAGAAGCAACCUUACAUGUUCUCUCAAUGUCAGGCUAUCCACGCUCGUUCGCUGUUGCCUUGCCAGGAUACUCCUGAUGUCAAGUCAACCUUCACCUUCAACGUUCGUUCUCCUCUCCCUGUCCUUGCCAGUGGUCUGCCUACUGGAAACAAGGACUUCCGUCCCGGUGAAGGUGAUGCUCCUGGAACUCUUCUGUACACUUUCGAUCAGAAGAUCCCCAUGCCUGUGUAUCUUUUCGCUCUCGCCAGUGGUGAUCUUGCUUCUGCUGCCAUUGGUCCUCGCAGUUGUGUUCACACUGGUCCUGAGGAGCUCUUGGCUUCGCAGUGGGAGUUCGAGCCCACCGAGAAAUUCAUCCAGGCUGCCGAGAAGAUUGUCUUCCCUUAUGCUUGGACUCAGUACAACGUACUCGUUUUGCCUCCUAGCUUCCCCUACGGUGGCAUGGAGAACCCCAUCUUCACAUUCGCAACACCUACUCUCAUCUCCGGUGACCGCGAGAACGUUGACGUUAUUGCACAUGAGCUUGCUCAUUCAUGGUCAGGUAAUCUAGUCACCAACUGUUCAUGGGAGCACUUCUGGCUCAAUGAGGGCUGGACAGUAUACUUGGAGCGUCGGAUCCAGGCUUCCAUCCAUGGCGAACCUCACAGAGACUUCAGCGCCAUCAUUGGCUGGAAGGCUUUGACAGACAGCAUCGAAGGCUAUGGGCCCGAGCACGAAUACACAAAGCUAAUCCCUGACCUCAAGGGCAAGGAUCCUGAUGACGCAUUCUCCAGCAUUCCCUACGAGAAGGGCUUCACCUUCCUCUACUAUCUCGAGAAGCUGGUAGGCAAGGAAAAGUGGGACAAAUUCAUCCCCCACUACUUCACCACCUUCGCACAGAAAUCUCUCGACUCCUACGAAUUCAAAGCCACUCUCCUGGACUUCUUUGCCAAGGACGAGAAGGCAACUGACAAGCUGAACUCUGUCGAUUGGGACACUUGGUUCUACAAGCCCGGCUAUCCUCCCAAGCCCGACUUCGACACCAGCAUGGUGGAUGUCUGCUACGAUCUCGCCAACAAGUGGGAGUCCCUGAACGGCGGAAGCUCGGACUUCAAGCCUUCAGCUUCGGACAUUUCGUCGUGGUCCGCCAACCAAUCCGUCGUCUUCCUCGAGAAGAUCCAGACCUGGAAGACUCCUCUUUCACCCACUCUCGUCGAGAAGAUGGGUGAAGUCUACUCUUACGCUGCGUCAAAGAACGUCGAAGUGACCAGCAGAUACAUGAUAGUUGGUCUCAAGGCAAGGUGCGAGAGCGUGUACAUUCCCACUACCGAGUUGCUUGGUAGGGUUGGUCGCAUGAAGUUCGUGCGCCCACUUUACAGAAAUCUCAGGGAGUGCGAUGAGAAGUUGGCUCAAGAGACUUUUGAGAAGUACAAGGAGUUCUACCAUCCUAUUUGCAAGGAAAUGGCCAGCAAGGAUGUGUAUGGCAAGGCUCGUGGUGGAUAG